GAUUUGGUUCCUCUCAUUGUCUCUCCCUAGCCUCAACCCAACAAACAUUUUUAGUUCAAAGACAACCAACCCCUCUUCCUUUGUAUACUUUCCUCCCUCUCAUUACACUUUGUAGCUUAGCUGUAAUGCCUCUAAAUCCAUGGAACACCCUCUUCUCCUUCUUAACAAUCAUCCUUCCCCUCUUGAACCCUUUUGUAGCUUUCGCAGUUAAUCCACAAGGCGAAGCUCUUCUUUCAUGGAAGCAAAGCCUGAAUGGACCCACUGAGGCCUUGUCUAAUUGGAACCCAACAGAUGAAACUCCAUGUGGGUGGUUUGGAAUUACUUGCAACAUCAACAAGGAGGUUGUAGAAUUGGAAUUAAGGUACUUGAAUUUGUAUGGUACAGUUCCAACUAAUCUCACUUCAUUGGUUUCUUUAACCAAGAUUGUACUUUCUGAUACAAACCUCACGGGUUCAAUCCCAAAAGAGAUUGCUACACUACAUGAACUGAAUUACUUGGACUUGAGUGAUAAUGCGUUAACUGGUGAAAUCCCAUCUGAGAUUUGCAACUUGCUUAAGCUCCAAGAAAUCCACCUCAACUUCAACCAGCUAGAAGGCUUGAUUCCGGCUCAAAUCGGCAACCUCACAAGCUUGAAAUGGCUGACUCUUUAUGAAAACCAGCUCAAUGGAGAAAUACCCAAUACCGUAGGCAACUUGAAGAACCUCCAAGUGAUAAGAGUCGGUAUGAACAAGUACCUUGGAGGCAUUAUACCCCGAGAAAUCUGGAAUUGUACGGAGUUGACCAUGUUAGGCCUUGCCGAAACAAGCGUCUCGGGUUUCCUUCCUCCGAGUCUUGGUCUCCUCAAGAAGCUUGAAACCAUAAUCGGUGCAAAAACUCUCCUCUCCGGCCAAAUCCCACUUGAAAUCGGCAACUGUACCGCCCUCCAACACAUCUACCUCCAACAAAACUCUCUCACCGGUUCAAUACCGAAAAGUAUAGGAAACCCCAAAAAUCUCCGAACUCUUUAUCUCUGGAAGAACAGCUUGGUGGGGACUAUUCCAUCAGAGCUUGGAAAUUGCAAGGAAUUAUCAAUUCCUUUGUCAAUUUCCAAAUGUCAGAAUCUCGAGGCCCUUGAUUUGUCUGAGAACGGUUUGACUGGGAAUAUUCCCCAAGGAAUCUUUCAGCUCAAGAAGUUGAAAAUGGUCUCUCUUUUCACCAACUAUUUAUCAGGCGAAAUACCGGAAAAUAUUGGAAACUGUUCGUCUCUGAAUUGGUUCAAUGUUCAUGAUAACAAGCUUACAGGGCCAAUACCGAGAGAGAUUGGGAACUUGGAAAAUCUGAAUUUCUUGAAUCUCGGAUUGAAUUGGAUUUCGGGAAAUAUACCUGCUGAGAUCUCGAGCUGCCGAGACUUGACGUAUCUCAUUUUGAAUUCUAAUUUGAUCACCGGAAAGUUUCCUGGUGAGUUAAUUCAGCUUGUUUCGUUGCAACUCGUUGAUUUUUCAGAUAAUUUUAUUGAAGGUACUUUGCCACUUCAUGUACUUCCACUGCACAUUGUUUUCUUUUCAAUCUCAAGAAAUAAUUUAUGUGGAGAGAUCCCUUCCUUGAUUUGCAAUCUCAAUUUUGUCAACUACCUUGAUUUCUCUCAUAAUAAUUUUAGUAUGAUACCUCCAUGUUUGGGAAACAUGAGUGAUUAUCUCAUAGAUUUAAAUCUGCAAAAUAACAAUCUUCAUGGCACCAUCCCAAAAGUUGUACAGUGCAAUAACUUGAAAAGUCUUAAACUCACCAGCAAUCAAUUAGAAGGGUCAUUGCCAUGUUCAUUGGUCAAUUGCAAGAAAUUAGAAAUUCUAGACGUUUCUAACAACAAGCUUAACGACACAUUUCCUCAUUGGUUGGUAAAUCUUCCAGAGUUGCGGGUUCUCUUAUUGCGAUCAAACAACUUUCAUGGUUCCAUAGGCAAUAACAAGACUAAAUUCUCAUUCCCUAAUUUGAGAAUUAUAGACCUCUCUCACGAUAUGUUCCAUGGUCAUUUGCCAUUAAACUUUUUCAAGUGUUUAUCAGCCAUGAUGAAUGGGAACAUGGAUAACAAUGGAUUGCAAUACAUGGGUGAUGAUUAUUAUUUUGUCUUGAGAAGAUAUAUGGUUGAUUAUAAUUAUUAUUAUAAUUAUUAUGAUUUUGUUACAAUUGAUGUUACAAUUGAUAUCAAAGGGAAUUAUAUUGACGUGGUGAAAAUACAAACUCUAUUGACAACCAUUGAUUUUUCUAACAAUAGUUUCAAAGGAGAAAUUCCAAAGGUAAUUGGAAAGCUUGGAUCACUUAAAGGGCUAAAUUUUUCAAACAAUAAUCUUAUGGGUCAUAUACCUAUAUCAUUUGGAAAUUUAACUAAUCUUGAAUGGUUAGAUCUCUCCUCAAAUAAGUUCACAGGCGACAUUCCUAUACAAUUGACAGAUCUUACAUCAUUGGCAAUUUUAAAUCUCUCAAAAAACCAUCUUGUGGGAUUGAUACCUCAAGGUAAACAGUUCAAUACGUUUACAAAUGCUUCUUACAGUGGAAACUUGGGUUUAUGUGGAUUUCCAUUGACAAAAACUUGUGGCAAUGAUGAGGGACAACAAUCACCACCAUCACCAACCAUCCAAGAAGAUGAUUUUGGGUUUGCAAAUGGAUUUCAUUGGAAAGUUGUAUUGUUGGGGUAUGGAUGUGGUUUCAUGUUUGGAUUAGGAAUGGGAUAUCUUGUGUUCUCAAGUGAAAAACCAAAAUGUCUCUUGAAUAUUAUUUAUGGAGAACGACACAACAAGGUGCGAAGAUCCAAGAAGAAUGAUCAUGGAAGAAUUAAUUGAAAGAGAAUUUUGCAGAUACAAAUAAUGA